UAAUUGUCCAGUGCGUGCAUUAAAACAACAACAAAAACAACAGCAACAGUAAGUAAUAAAAAAAACCAUAACAAUACAAAAUAAAACAUAAACAAAAACAAAACAAACCCUAACAGAGAGAAGCAAAAAAAACACACAGAAAACAACAUAACAGUAACAACAAAAUAAUAGUGUUUAACGGAGAAAAUGGAUGAACUGCCAGAUUUAUCACAUUUAACACCCCAUGAACGAAUGCAAAUUGAAAAUGUUCUCAGGCGUCAGAAACAAGAGGAGGAGCAACAAAAUGAAAUUAUGCGACGCAAACAAGAUGAGGUUAUUACAUUGGAAAUGGAAAUCCGACAACGUUCAGAGCAGCAGAAAAAAGCUGGUGUUGAACUUGAUGCAACCUGUCACAUAUGCCUUAAGACAAAAUUUGCCGAUGGUGUUGGACACAUUUGUCACUACUGCAGCACAAGAUGCUGUGCACGAUGUGGUGGCAAAGUGACACUACGUAGCAAUAAGGUCAUCUGGGUGUGCGUAUUGUGUCGUAAAAAACAAGAAUUAUUAUCAAAGACUGGUCAAUGGAUGAAUAAGGGAGCGGCACCACAAGAUGGUUUCAUAAGACGCAAUGAACCGGAUGGCAGUAGUGAUAUUUCGCAGCAAGCUGUGGUAGAUCCUCAUGAUACGCUCGAUAAACGACCCAAACUGGAAAGAACGCGUAGUGCGGCGGAAAAGGAAAAUCUGCCGCUGCAGCGUUCGGGCAGCAUGCUGAAGAGACAAUAUUCGCAGCAGGAACAAACAACGAAUCAACGGAUGAUGGGAAACGAUGGCGGCAUGGAUAUGAUAAGUCCGGGACAACGACAACGUAUGCAGCCAAUGACACCACAACAAAUGCAACAGCAACAACAGCAGCAAGCACAUUAUAGAGGACAAAGCAUGAGUGGGGAGCGAGGCAACAGUGCAGCCUAUCGCACAGAUGAAGAUCCCAGAUUAUAUCAAGGUGAAAUUGAUGGCCUAAUGAAACAGCAUCCUCAUUUGGCCCACCCCAGUCAAAGACAACAGCAGCAGUAUCAAUACCAACAACAACAACAACAACAGCAUCAGCAACAACAACAACAUCAUCAACAGGCGCAUCAUCAACAAUAUGCCAGUAGCCAACAGCAGCAGCAACAACAUGCUAUGCGCUCCCAACAACAUAUUAUAACCAAUGCUACAUCCUCUUCUAACUCCUCCUACAAUACCCCACAACAACACCAACAACAAAGGCUUCCAGCAUCUCAGCAAUCACAUCAUACACAUCCACAUAUGCAGUCAUCAUCAACAGCUGCACUACAUCGUCCACAAUCAUCACAGCAUGCCUACGGUUCAGCACAAAUGUCAUCAUCAUCUGCCGCCGCUCUAAAUGCCCAGUUGCCAACGCCGCCUACAACCGGCCCCAUGUCGGCUUCUGUCUCCUCCGCCACAGCGUCUCAGGGUUAUCAAAAACCUCCACCCAUACAACGUAAUCUAACCAUUAGUGGCGGCCAUGCCAUGGAUCCCACUACAUACAAUGCUCGACGCCAUUUAACCACCACCAAUCAUCAACAAUAUCCCAUCCAACAACAAAGAAGUUUCGGCAGCUACGAAGAUGAACUACCAACGAAACAAAUGCUCUCCCAGCAUCAGUCUACAGCCCCUUCCGCCGCUCAACAAGCGCAUCAACAACAACAGCAGCAACAACACCAAUAUGAGUAUGAGGGUAAGUUAGAUCGUUGUACCAAAUUUUUCUGUCAAGAUAUGCUGUAA